AUGUCUCAGUCUUUUUUGAUUUGUAUACUUCUAUGCUGUACUCUACACAUUGCUAGUUGUGCAGUUAUUGAGGACCGUAGUCCAGAUUCAAACGAACUUGAGGAGUCUAGGCCUCUGAAGUGGCUAAAAGGAGCCCAGGAUGUGUUUACUAGCCCCACGGGUCAUGUUGUUGUCCAAGUCGCAAAAGAACUAAUAAAUCGAUCGGCCGGAAAUAGCCAGGUUUUAAGUCUUAAUUUGACGAAUUUGUUGAUUAUACUACUUCUUAAAGUUCUAAUAUUUUCUGCCGGUUUGCUGGGAGCUGGUCAUUGGAGCAAUUAUGGCUAUGCUCGUUCAAGAGAUAAUGGAUUUUCAUUUUUCCUUAAUGAUGGCGAAGCCUACUUAAUUACCGGAUUCUUAGCGGCGCAAAGUGGUUUUGAUGAUUGUUUGUAUGCAGCAGCAUGUGCAGCGCCUAAUGUGGCUUAUGAAUAUGCAAAAGCCGCUAAAGCUUUAAUGGACAGUAUAUCAAAAUAUGAUGGAGUUGAAUUUACAAACACACGAUAUAUAGAGUUAAUCAUUCUGGUUGAAGAAGCAGCUCACAAUGGAUAUCGCGGAAUUCCCUGUAACACAACGAUAACAUGCGAUGGUUUAUUUUAAUUUACUACAUACUUUA